UUGUGAGCUGCGAGUUCCCCAAAGCAACGUAACAUUACGGUCAGAACAGAAAAAAAACAAGCUCUAUAAACCACAAGAAUACAGUCAGAAGAAAGAAAAAAGGUCUUAAGAUGCUUGGACUUGAUCAAAACGAAAAAAGUAUUGGUAUUAAAAAAGAGAUUCUUAUCGUAUUAGCAUCAGAAACAUUUACCAAGCGCUUUAGGGAUUUCGAAAGAGCGGGUGAAUACAACUUUCACCAUCUUGACAUCACUGGAGUUCCUCUUGAAUUUCAACAUUUGACCGGAGAUGACUCAGACUUUAAGUUCGACAUCGUGAGAUAUAUAGAAAACGCAAUUGAAUAUGUUCGAAAUAAUGAAAUUGAUGCGGUGCUAGGAGUAGAAGAUAUCGGGGAUUUUGUAGCUAGCAUCAUUCGAGAGAAGACUGGACUACCUGGACCGGGAAUCGAGACCAGUUUCAUCUGCCUACACAAAUACUACACCAGAAAAUAUGUAGGUAAUGACUCGAAUCUUUGGUAUAUUGCCGUUGACCUCGACUCCGAUGAUUGGAAAACUCAGAUGCAAUAUCCUAGUUACAUUAAACCCCCCUUUCUCCACAGUGGUCACGGGCAAAUGAAAGUAAAUAACGAGUUGGAAAUGAAGGAGGCUGUGGAAAAAUGCAGGAAGUUUGUGGUGCCUUGGGCUGCUUUCUACAAUGCCAUGUUUGAAAAGUAUCUAGAUAUUUCAAAGUUUCCAUUGUGUGUGAAGAAUCUGGUGGUUGCUGAACAUUAUGUGGAGAAGUCAGACAUGAUGGUAUCCGAAGGUUGGGUGGAUGGACAGGGGAAGUACCACGUCUGGCAGCACGCCGAUGGUUUGAGUUAUACGAAGCCUUUUAGGAGUCCUUUUGCAACCAGCACACCUUCUCAUCAACCCGAGGUCGUUCUACAGAAGGUGGAAGAGUAUCUCACAAACGUCUGUAAAAAACUCGACCUGAGAUCUGUGUUUUUUAAUGCUGAUCUAUGGAUAGAUCAUGACCAAGACUACCAGAACAUCUCCGUGGAUAUAAUUGAGAUGAAUAACCGUCUCUCUAAAGGACUUCAUGACGUCUACAAGGGACUUUGGGAAGUCAGCAGUUUUGAAGCAGCGAUGAUCGUUGCGUGUGGUGAGGAGGAUGUGCUACCGCUUUCUUCGCGGAUCAAGGAACACGGAUAUGGCGGUGUUAUUAGAGUCAGAACUUUUGCUUCCGGUCCCUCGACAGACAUUUUGAAUUUUGAGGAGGUUCACAAAUUUUUGGACCCCUCCGAAGGAAUCAAAACCGAGAUCUUACGGCCUGGGAUAGACUUAAGUCUUCGUGAAGAUGAAAUAUUUGAACAAAUUGACUCUAAUGCUGGAACAUUAGUGGGUAUAUUUUUUGUUUUUCAACCCACGUUAUCGGAGCUCAAGAAACGUGGUGACGAAGUGUUGCAGAAAAUCUUAAAGAAGUCAUGUGAUCAUUUUAACUUUUAAGGGCAUUCAUUAUACUAAAGUUGAAAUACUUAACAUAAUUUUUUCAUCAUUCAUGUUAUUGUUUUCUUUAAGUAAAACCUCAACUCACCAGUGUGCCACUAUCCGAUGUA